AUGGCGGCAGAAACAGAGCACCCACGUCUCAUCCUCCAUAACUUCCUCUCCGAAGAUGAUUGCAAGGAGUUGCAGUUCCUACACAAAAGCUGUUGCACUGUUGGAUAUAGACCCAAUGUUUUCUCUACCACUCUUUCUCAUCUGAUUGCGACUAAUUCUGCUCAUCUCCUCAUGCCCUUCGUCCCCAUCAGAGAGAGGUUGAAAGAAAAAGUGGAGGAGUAUUUUAAUUGCCAGUAUGAGUUGGUUGUUGAAUUCACCGGCCUCAUAAGCUGGACUAAAGGAGCAAGUAUUGGAUGGCACAGUGAUGACAACAGACCUUAUCUGAAGCAAAGAGAUUUCGCGGUAGUUUGUUACCUGAAUAGUUAUGAAGAGGACUUCAGAGGAGGUCUCUUUCGCUUUCAGGAUGGUGAACCGUCGACGAUAGUGCCCAUGGCUGGAGAUGUUUUAAUGUACACAGCUGACGAGAAAAACAUACAUGCUGUGGAUGAGAUAACAGAAGGAGAAAGAAUCACUCUUACUAUGUGGUUUAGCCGGGAUGCUUCUCAUGAUGAAGAUGCAAAACUGAUUUCAUUUCUGUCUCAGAAUUCACUGGAUAAAUUAGAGCGAAACUUUGACUCAUAUUUGCCAGUUCCUGCAUCCAAUAACAUGUACUGGUUUCCUCCCAGUGAAGGUUUAACAUUCCUAUCUGGUUUUGAUAUCCGUUGUGCAAGAUUGCAUACACUGGGACUUGACAUCUACUCUCCCAAUGAUCAUAUGCAUUAUCCAGCAGAAAAGUCAUCAAGCAACUUGCUAGAAUUACUGAUGGGCCCAUUGCAAUUGGCACACGAAGAUGAGCUGUUCAACAAGGUGUUUGUCAAUAUGAUGCAUGUUCUUCAGGUGGUACAAUUUUACUGUUACAAGUAUCCAUUUUCGUCGAAUGUUAUUAACGUGAAAGAAGUUUCAACGAAUGUUCUGCCUCAAUCAAAAGCACAACAGGAGAAUAUCAAUUGUCUAAAACUGGUGUUUCUAAAAGACCUUCUACAGGCAGAGACAUUUAUCAGAAACCUAAACUGUGGGAAGAAAUCACAAUUUAAUUUUGACUGGGCCAGUUUAUCUGCUGCACUAGUUGAAUGGGAAGCUUACACUGCUGCACUUGGGGAAAAAUUGCUCCAGAGCUUCCCGAAUUGGAAAGCACACGGUUCAAUUUUUGACUGUUCAGUAAGUCAUCUUAUUGAAAGCUUGUGA